UGGAAGUUGCACAGUGUUAGUGUCUGUUUCGUCACGUCCUUGGUCCUUCCUCAAGGUGGUCUUGUUCCGAAAAUGAAUUUGGGCUACUUCCUGGUCCUGCUGACGACGACAGGGGUGAUGUCAGGAAACGUCAGGACCCCAACAUCUACUACUACUACCACAGUCGUCGAGGCUUCUGUAGAUUCUCCUUUCUGUAGGCUCAUAGGCAGCCAUCUUCACUGCGACUUCAAGAGCUAUGAUUAUAUAGUCCAGGUGGGGCAGUCUGCCGAAAACUCAGUCGAGAGAGUCAUCAUCCGUUCUGCUCUGAGAGUCGAGGUCAGAUUUGACAUCUGCGUCAAUCUUUCCUUCGUAGACGUCCUCCGUGUAACCCUUCAGGAGUAUGGCAGCCCGAGUAACCACUACACCCCUGCGAGCACCUGCCAAGGUAUAAAUAUUAUCAUCCACAACUCCUCAGUUGAGAAACUUCCUAGACACACUCACGGGAUAUCGGUAACAUCAUCGUACGUCAGACAUCUCCCGCUGACUCGUCCGCGUGGAUAUCUAGUCUCAACUAUGUCAGUCUUCGGCGUCGCUGACAUCAACGAACCAGUCGCCAAUCAAGUCUUAUAUUUCAAGGACUCGGUUAUCCAGAACCUGACGAGGCUGGAACUGACUUCGAAAACGAGCUUGUAUCUCGUCAACACGACAGUUCUUCAUCAUAGGCCUAGAGCCUUGUCAGUUGGUAGUGGUUCUUCGCUCUACAUCAUCAGAAGUGAUGGUUUUAACUUAAAUGGAACUAUCGACUUGAAACCCGGCUCUAUGGUGAAUAUUUACAGCCCUGCUAGUGAAGUCAGCUUCGCAGUAUCUAGUUUAAAUCAAUCAGAAAAUAUGAUAAGUACCAGUUACGAAUUACCUCAGAAUCUAACAGAGAGAUGUCUCAUAAAUCAUGAAUCCUUAUCAGAAGACAUUACUUAUGUUUUUGUUCUUCUAAUUCUCCUGUUGCUCCCAGGGAAUGUGUAUCUCUGUAUUUGCCUCGUUAGAUCAAUGACUGGGUCUCCUGCCUUCGUAAACUAUCUGUUACUGAAUGAGAAGACCAGUAAAUGAGGUAGACAUUGUCACCAAUAUAACAAUUACCUUCAUUCACAAGUUGCAUUCUUGUAACGAAAGGCUGAAGGCCACUUUAUUUGCCACAGCUACUAGCGGAUAAAAAGCCCUUGUUUGAAGAAAAAAAAAGAAACAGUGAAAUGGAACUCCUUCAAGGUGGCUGCUACUGUGGUCUUGUAUACCUUUAUGUACACCCUUAGACAAAGCAAUAAUUUCUAGAUCCCAUGAUGGAACAGCAAAGAUUGAACUUCCUCACAAGCACGUAUUAAUAGCCUUUUAACAAUGCUAAAAUCUCGAUAAUCUACUACAUGUAAUUCAUAAUGAAUUUGCCACAGGAAAAAGACAAACCCAUGGCUCUGGAUAUAGGUCACAGACUCACUAAUGUGCAGAGGUCCUGACUAUAUUUUAUGCCCACAGAGUUGGCGGUUCAGGGACUCUGCUUGCUGAUAUUUCACAGACCAAUUAAAGCAUAAAUUAUUGAACUUAUUCGGAGAAAGGACGUUCCCAAAUGUAUAGUAUUUUGCAGGACUACAGGUAGUAGUCUACAACUCACUGAAGCAAAAGACCUGUAAACAGAAAAGGCAGGUCACUCUCAGCACAGUACACUGACUAAAUACCAAGCGUCUGGAGCCUCCCAACUUUGUUUCAGUGAUAUGAAUGAAUGAACUUCUUGUGGGACCUUACAAUCAAGAGACCAAGAAAAAGUGCCAAGGAAGACAAUAUCGAAAAAUUUAUUCAGAAAACCUUACCCAAGCUUCCCCUCUUGGACAUCAGCUAUCACCAAAGAUAAGCAGUGCUUCAGGUGCCAUGGUCAGUUCUUGCUCAUUGGUGGCACUUCUAAACCCUCUAACGUUUUCCAGUAUUCAUAGUUUCCGUCUGGGUAAGUAAAAUGCCCAUCAGAGAAUUCAUCUUUAACGGUGGGUAACUAAAACUCCUAGGAAUGUUCAGCCACAGAACAAAAUAUUAAAAGACCACCAAAGGUCAGUUUUUUAUAGUAUACUAAUAGUAGAUUCACAUCAACCGUGCAUUUGAUGUCUAGGCCAGUCCCUUACGACGCUCCUGAUUGGCUGUUGAUAAGCCAAUCACCGGGCUGGAAACUUUCAGUCUCUCUCGAGAGAGAGUUCACAUAGGCAGGAAGUAUGUUCCACCUCUCCUGAGGGAUACUUUUGACAGACGUAUCCCUCAGGAGAGGUGCAACAUAGAUCCUACCCAUGUGAACUUUCAAGGGAGACUGAAAGUUUCCAGGCCUGUGAUUGGCUUAUCAACUGUCAAUCAGGAGCGUCAUAAGGUACUGGCCUAGACAUCAAAUGCACGGUUGAUGUGAAUCUACUAUAGAAGACAUUCAAUACACUACAAUGGACCUGUUUGCGAAGAAUUAACGUACAGCUUCUCCAAAUGAGUUAUCAUCCGUUACAGAUUUCGGUAUGAUUCGAGAAUUGGAAACCACCGUAGAUGCCUCAUAUCUACUGUGAUAUUAUACGAAUCAAGUGGAACAGUGCCACUGUCCACAGACACGUAAGGAAGGUUUACAAUUUUAUUUUCUGUUUUAUUGAAAGGAAAAUAAAAUCAAUCAAACGUUACGUGAUUUGAUUUCAGUUGCUAUAGUAGUACAUUCAUUUGACGAAGGCAAUUUGUCACUGGACGUCAAAAAGAGAAACAAAUGACAUUCGGUUAUGAACAGGAAAACUUAGUCAUUCUCUCUCUCUCUCUCUCUCUCUCUCUCUCUCUCUCUCUCUCUCUCUCUCUCUCUCGUGUAUAGCCACUUAACUUAAGACAAUCGACUAUACGCUAUCCCCCCCUAUUUCUCUCACUCUCUUUCUCUCUCGUGUAGUCCUUCAACUCAAGACAAACUACUUCUCUCUCUCUCUCUCUCUCUCUCGUGCAGUCACUUUAACUCAAGACAAACUACUUUACUCUCUCUCUCUCCUUCUCGCUGUCUCCCCCUCUCUCUCCCGUCUAAUCACUUUAACUCAAGACAAACUACGUUACUCUCUCUCUCUCUCUCUCUCUCUCUCUGACAUGCCAAAGUAAAAGAAAAAUUCCACGGCUCAGAAUCAAACAUGACCCGAGCGCAGUACAUGAGAGAGUAUUGGUUCUCGGUGUCUAAAGGCAGGCUGGAUAUUAGGGACGGGUCUGAAGGGAUGGUUUAUGGACCAAAUACGUCUCCAGCAGAAGUGUUAUUCCCUCUGGCAACAACAGGUGGCCUUUCUCGACGAAUUCGCCCACCUGUUUCUGCGGCAAUAUUUGGCGAUAUUUUCCACUCUCUCUCUCUCUCUCCUCUCUCUCUCUCUCUCUCUCUCUCUCUCUCUCUCUCUCGAUUCGCGUGAGUAUACGCUCUGUUGGGGAUUUAGGAAAUGGAUGCACUUUUUCCUUUACCUCCCUUUUUUUUAUAUGUUCUCCUGGAAAGCUCACACACACACACACACGCACGUACACUCUGCCAUUUCACUUCCAAGAUUUUGUUUUUAUUUUGUGUUUAUUUUCCCGCCCUCCCCCUGCUUCGAAAAUGGGAUAUACUGGGGACACCAUUGUCCUUUUAUGCUCUGAAAUUUUCAUGCAAUGUGUGAACUGAAAGACGUCGCGUUGAAUGCGCGGGAAGGAAAAAUAUAGCGAGUGGGCGAGAGGGUAAACCAAACAAACAUUAAGAAGAAAUUUUAACUUGUACUUUGUUUCUUUGCUUUGAACUUUGUUCUUUUAAUUUACAUACGGAAUAGAUGACUGGAAUAUCUGUUCAUCGUUUCUUUUCAUCCAAAACUGUGUGUCAGUGUCCAAAUCGACCUUAAAGAAGCAGGUUAAGCCUAGGCCUAAAACGGUUUGCACGAGUCUAUGUGCAAGAGGGUAACCCAUUAUACAUCAAGAAGAAAUUGUAUCUUUACAGAUUAGCUCACUGAAAAGUCUAUCCAAAUCUGUUUCUCAGUUCAGAGAUAGAGGUUAGGUCUAGGCUCCCACACGGUCUGUAUGAGUGUAUCAUGAUGGGAAUCUAUCUCUAUAGCCCUUUAUGAUUUAACCCAAUAACUGGACAUGUCUGGUAAUCUGCUUCAGGGGACAGUGUUUGCCGUUCAUAACUUUUUCUAAGCAUAUUUCUCAGUGGGGGGUGGGGGGGGACCGUAGAUCACGGUCUCUUUAGUAAUUGUUCACCGUAAAACUAUACCUCCAGAAGUGCAAAACCAGUGAGCAGGAACAAUACUUGGAUCAAUUUCUCAUGUUUUUCAGGUAGAAGUUGACCCAUAAAGAGUUGCAAAAUAAUAUGAAAAGCCUUUAUGACAAAUAGCUUUGAACCACAGAGGGUCUUUUCAUGGUUUACAUACUGUAAAGAAUUAGAGAGUGUGUGUGUGUGUGUGUGUGUGUGUGUGUUCAUUUGUGUUCAAAACGGAAGAAGAGAGUAGAAUAUACUAUUUAUUCUGAAACAGUAAAAUGAAUAUGAUUACAGGUAUACUUAUUAAUAUAUAAUAGAUUAAACUGGAUAUUUAUUAAAAAUAAACUAUAAAAAUAAUGUGUGCUUGAAUACAUCCUCAAUUUAAGUAACAAAAAGCCAUUGAUGGUGGGAGGUCUCGUCACGGAAGCAAAGAUAGGCCGAGAAUAGUUGGUUGAAGAGUCCACUACUGAUUGUGUCUGUUUAUUAAAUAGAAGCCAAAAAAAUAAUAUCGCUGGUGCUCCAAACAGCUAAGAAAAAUAUAAUUGAAGGAACUGAAUGAAAACACCAUUUAUACUUGAAAUCUCAGAGAGAAUUAGAUAAAUAUUAUACAGCCUUUUGGAUGAUAGAGCAGGAAUAUGAGAGAAGGCCGUUCAAUAGAUCCAUAUUUCAUAGAAGAUUAAACACCCCGAACCAAACCGAAUCGUAUUGAUCACGAGGCACUGUAGCUAAGCGCUUCAUUUUCACAAUAACGUAACCAAUCAAGAAGCUUCGCAGACUCACUGGUCUAUUAAAAGCCGAGGCCAAAGACGUUACAAUUUGACAAACAAAAUCAGGCAAAAUGAAAUCGUCUUCUUUUGUACCUUACCUAAACAGUAAGGCCAUUGCUUACUUGAUCAUGAUGUACUUUAUUUUUUUUCUCUCUUUUUAGAAUAACGUACCAAUCACGAAGCCUCGCAAUGAUUCGCUAGGCUAUUAUAAUCCAAGGCCAGAAGAUCGUUACGAGUCGAUCGCUAACAAACAAAGCUCACGGGCAAAGCUCUCCGGAGGGGGUUAUGGAUCGUAAAGUGAGAGGCAAACACAACAGCGAUCGUGAAAGUUAUCUUUAGUGCCUUUUCGCAGAUAUAUCUGGUUUUAUCACACCACCCUUGGCUCUUCUUCCUCUUCUUCUUCCUCUUCUUCUUCUGCUCAUUUCUCGUUUUGUUUCGUCCUUACACAGAUGUUGUUCGAGCUUGCGGACGGCUCCAUGUUCGGUGGGUUAGGCCGAUGUCUAUUGGCAAAGCCUCCUCGCGUCUGGCCCGAGCCAAUAAUCAUCUGAAUAAAUCCAUUUCCAUUACAUUUGGUUCCAUUUUAUUAAGUCUGUUAUUGUCUCGCUCCUUUUUUUUUUUUUCUUCUUCUUCUUCUUCUUUUUCUUAUUGGAUUCCCCCCCCCCUCCACCACUUUAACUUCCCCGAAAACCUCUCUCUCUCUCUCUCUCUCUCUCUCUCUCUCUCUCUCUCUCUCUCUCUCUCUCUCCUUAACACCACAUGUCACCUACUCUCUCUUUCUCUCUCUUAUCACCACAAUGUAUACCUUCGGCCACUCUAUAUCUCUCUCUCUCUCUCUCCUUACCUUAUCACCACAAUGUUUACCUUCAACUACUCUCUCUCUCUCUCUCUCUCUCUCUCUCUCUCUCUCUCUCUCUCUUACCUUAUCACCACAAUGUUUACCUUCUGUUACCCAUGUUUGCCCAGUUGCGUUCUUUCCCUGCGUCUGCUCCUCGGGGUCUUUGUACAGCGGCGUUUUUCGCUUUGCUCGUCAAUUUGUUGGACAAAUAUUGUCUUUUCUGAUUGCUAUCCAAGUUGCCUUCGCCAUUGUAAUUUUUGUCCUUCGCUACUGCUUUCUCCUCAGAAGGGCAAUUUCGAAAAUUCUGAUAUCCGCGCGCUAUUCGGACGUCCUUGGAAAACGCCUGAUUGCGUAUGAUUUGGCGCGAAAAGAAAAAAAAAGCGAGUGAGGAUUGCGUCGAAUGAAACUUUUGGGAGGAUUGCGUCGUAAGUAAAAGAAAAAAAAUAAUAAAAAUAAAAAAAACACGCGGGCGAGGAUCUCAUAGGGAAAACAACUGGUGUGAGGAUGAGCUCGCGUGAACGAAACGCACCUGAAGAUCAUGUCGAUGAAAAACGACCGUGAAGAUGAGGGUUACAUCGAAAUAAACGUGCCUGAUGAUUGCAUCGAAAAGAACGCUUAUGAUUAGCGCGUCAGAAAUAACACGCUUGAGGAUGAGGAUCGUGUCGGAAAAAAUGCGUGUGAGGAUCACAUCUAAAAAAAAAAAAAAAAGCUUGCGCAGAUUACAUCUUUAAAAAACGCUCCCAUUAGGAUCACCGCCCGUGGUAAAAUGCGCGCGGUUUUAUCGAGCAAGCUGAAAGAGGAAAAAUAAAAGACGCGUUUCACGAGCGUUAUACUUGACGCCUAGCAAUUAGAUCUUCACAUGUUCCUUGAAGAUGGCUGAGAUUUGCGGUUAAGUAUUUCCUUUGCAGUAAUCCAUUGCUUGCAUGUGAGUACCUGCACGGCUGUAUCUAUCUCCUAGAUCAGUGUUUUUCAACCUUUUUGUGCCCAUGGCCCAUUUUUGGCAUUCCAAAGUGCUCGUGGCCCAAUGCCCUUCAAAAUUGCGUAAAAAUAUAAUAAUAGAAUUUUAUUAAAGUUUUUUAGAACACUUUUAUUAGUUUUAUAUUAUCAUUUACAGAACUAUUUCUUUAGAGCACUUCAUUAGUUUACAUUUUCAUCACUGGAAGAAAAUGUUGGCCUUUAU